AAGUCGACUGCAGACGAGUUGCACAGAGAGAGAGAGACACACACACAAGUUUUCUCUGAAUGGACGGCAAGCACACAUCAGAACAUGACAGGAACGGCUUCAAUACAUGUCUACUGGAUCCUAAAGUUUACACAUCCAGCAACUGUACCAAAGUGGCACCGGUGGACCAAAACCUGUGGCCGAGAUCACUGGCUCGAAAAUGGAUCCUGAUGCUGUUUAUGGGCACCUGCCUCCUCUACUGCGCCAGGAUGGCCAUGCCGAUCUGCGCAGUGUCGAUGGCGGCCUCUUUUCACUGGAGUAAGAUCGACUCUGGUCUGGUCUUAGGUGGAUUCUUCUGGGGUUACUGUUUCACACAGAUCCUGGGAGGAUAUGCUAGUGACAAAGUCGGAGGAGAGCGUGUCCUGUCCUUGUCUGCAGCCUCGUGGGCUCUGAUCACAGCUGGUACUCCUCUACUGGCCAGUCUCAGCUCUCACACUCUUGCUCUUAUGACCAUGGCAAGAUUCCUUAUGGGACUAGUGCAGGGUGUUUUUUACCCGUCUUUGGCCAGCCUGUGCUCACAGCGUGUAGUAGAAGAAGAGAGAGUGUUUUUAAUGAGCACCAUGCACAGCAGUACCUAUCUUGGAACAUUGAUAGCAGGAGGGAUGGGAUCCCUGAUGUUGGACACGUACGGCUGGGAAAGCAUGUUUUAUGUUACUGGUUUCCUGUCUGGACUCUGGGCGCUCAUGGUUUGGCAGUGUUUCCUAAAAGGUGAAUCUGCCCAGAUACAGACGGUGUCAAAGAAGAACUCAGAGGGAAGUUUGUCAAGAAAACUCUGUCUGAAACUUUUAUCGAAGCCAUCUAUCUGGGCCAUGGUGUUUGCUCACAUGUGCAUGAGCAGCACUUCCUAUACUUUAUUAUCGUGGCUCCCAACAUACUUCAAAGAAUCAUUUCCAGAGGCCACGGGCUGGGUGUAUAAUGUAAUCCCAUGGUUAACUGCAAUCCCAUCGGCACUUUGUGGAGGAUAUUUUUCAGAUCAUCUCAUAAGCCAAGGUUAUCAUAUAUCAACUGUGAGAAAGAUAAUGCAGUUCGUUGCCAUGGGCGUAUCGAGUAUGUUCGUCAUGUUUCUUGUGGGACCUGUCACGUUUCCCUCCGCUGUGUUAUUCUUGUCUGCUGCUAUCGGUGCAACCACCUUCACCAGCGGUGGCGUGUCUGUGAAUGUACAAGAUCUCACGCCGUCAUGUGCUGGUGCCCUCUAUGGUUUUAUGAAUAUGAUGGGUUCUUUCGCGGGACUGGUGAUGGUCUCCCUGUCCGGUUACCUGAUUGAGGUCAUGAUGUCGUGGACCAUCGUGUUCUCGCUCAUCACUUUAGUAAAUGCCACAGGCCUCGGGAUUUUCCUCAUCUUUGGAGAUGCUCGUCGCGUUGACCUGCAGGAUAGCUGCCCGGUUAUUACACUUUGACCCAAACCUUUUGGUUCAAAUACCAGUCUGUAUCUCAUAUGUGAGACUGGACAGUAGUCACAGCUUGUGAUUCUUGUUAUGCAAAAAAAAAAAUAAAUAAACACAUUAUAGUGUUUAACAUAGAUACCAACACUUUUGGAUGGUAUACAUUCAUGUUUUCUGACGUUGUCACAAAGCAGUCACAGUUGUGCUGAUCAUAAAAAUAGAAUUACAGUGGACUUGGAAAUUAAGGAACUUGCUGCUGGUUUGCAUCUAAAAACAUGGUGGAUGAUUUGUAUUCAAACUCUUUCAGGGGAAAGAGAGUUGCUGACAUGAUAUUUUAUUUUCGUGAGACUUAAUUUACAUUAUUUUAAUACUGGGACAAGACAAGACAGCGUCAUCUUUGGUCUUUUCAUCUCUGAGAUUAUGUCUAUAAACGCUGCUGAACCUGGUUACAUAGCCCGCUUGCCUGGCUCUGGUUCUGGCACGACACUGGCUCCACUCAAUGUCCUCAAUCGCCCAUAACCCCCCAGGCCUGAAAACCUCUUCUUGGUGGUCCAAAACGCCUGUGGUACAAGGCUAACACUCCCCCAGUGCUCUGAACUCACAGUCCACAGCAGCCCGGCUAACAAACUGGGCUAACCUCAGCUAAGGAAAAACAGGGGCCUCAAAAAUAUAGUUUUUAUUUUUAAAAAAAGCUAAACACUUCAUUGACAAAGCUUGGUGUUGGUGAGUGAGAGGUAGAUUUGUUGGAAAAUAUUUUAAGCUGGAGAUUUGGUGAGUGUUUACAGCUGUGUAUGAAUGACUGGCUCAGUGUCCAUGUUGAUGUUGUAAUGAAGGAGCAUACAACAGUGAGACAACACUUCAGAUCAACACUAUUUUUUAUUUAUUUUAGUUGGAAAUUAUGUGUAAGUUAUAUCUGUCGGCCAAAAUGUUCAAAUCCACGAAGAUGCUGAGGUGAAAGACUUUUGUAAUGUUUUGUGCUCGAUUUAAAAGACGUUCAACUUAAAUUAUAGUAUAUGUAUUUAUAAUUACAAUAUUAUAAAUCUUCGAAAGAAAGAAACUCGAAACGUUUAGAAAAUAUUUAAGUUUGUGUGGUAUUGUACAGAUUGGAUAUGGUUUGUAAACUGUCACACUUUUUAUACAUAGUUUGUAUAAAUGUUUAUUAUAUAAUAACUGUAACUGUAGAUGACCUUGUUUAAUAAUAAAAAAG